GAUCAGUGGUCACCUCACCACAAAACCAACUCAACUCCAUACUCCAUAAUGGGAGUUUGGUAUUGUUCAUAUUUUUCGUAGCUAAAGACCGCUGCGUGAGAGAACCUGGGGAUUGUAGGAACCUCAGUGAAUACCCUACCAUUUGACAUAUACUAUUCGAUAUAAACAACCAUUUGGUCCAGGAUGUGGACGUCAGGAUAGGAAGUUUGCACGUUGGCACGUUGGCACGUUAGCACUUGGGCAACAGCUGCACCCAGGCGCCAGCUGUCAUAACUCAAUAUAAAACCAUCCCCCUCACCCUUAGCCAUUCUCGACCUUGUGUCUGAUAUCAUGCCAAUUCGCUCAAUAUAUUUAUGAUGGAGAUUGCUCUUGCCUUUGCCCUCUCUUUUCCCAUCGGCCUCAUUUUACUACUAGUAUUCUGGCGGCGAAAGGAGACGAAGCACCCCCCUUGGCUGGAAGAAGACAUACCCUUCAUUUCAAAUACGUACCAGUAUCUCACAGACAUGGGGAAAUUCUUAGAACGGGCAACCAAAGCUUUGAACAAAAGCAAUAUCAUCCAGUUCAGAUUGGGUGCUAAGCUCGUCUGUCUAGUAUCUGGUGAAAAGAACACUCAGGUACUAUUUGGCCCGCCACACAUUGUAGAUCCAAACAUGUUUCAUGUGUUGCUUAUGGAUACCCACUGGGGCAUGCCCAGGGAUGAAAUCAAAAAGUUCGAAAAUGACAAGUCUGGUCGGCAGAGGGUUCCCUUGCCCGGUACUGAGGCCACCUCUCCACGCCAAAGACAUUGGUUUAAUCAUCACCAAAUCUACGCAGAGUACCUCAGCAGUGCAAAGUACACUGGCGUGCUCGCUGAUAUUUUCUUACGUUUCUUUUCCGAGAAACUUGAUCAGCAGUCUGCAUCCGAAUGGACUACCGUUCAGAUUUACAGUCUUCUCAGGACCGAUAUGGCUGAGAGUGCGAUUAAAUCCAUGUUUGGCUCCCGCAUUCUAGAACUCAACCCUGAUCUCGUCAAGUGUUAUUGGCAAUUCGACGAAGUCGCGGGCGUCCUUGUUUGGGGUCUUCCAAAGUUUCUGAAGCCUAAACCCCGGCAUAUUCGUGAGCGUCUUCACGAUAUGGUACAUAAACAGGUAGAAGAUGCAUGGGAGAAUUUCGACUGGAACGGUCCAGAGGCCCAGUCCGACUGGGACCCAUAUUGGGGUUCGCGCUUUGCUCGCGAGAUCGCCAGGUGGCUCAGGGAAUCAGGUUUCUCAAACCGGACUUGUAGCGGACAUACCACGGCCACACUAUUCGGUCUGAAUGGAAAUACUUUGCCUAUAUCGGCGUGGAUAUUGAUGGAGCUCAUCCAAGACCCGCCUCUACUGCGAGCAAUUAAUGACGAAGUAAUGCAGGUGUUUACGAUUGACCAACAGACAGGAAAACACCACAUCGACGUACACAAGCUCCUCCUAUUGCCGCGGUUGCUCUCCGUUUACACCGAAGUCUUGCGGAUGCAUAUAUCCUUCAAUGUAACCCGCGAGGUACGAGAAAGCAUCACAAUUGAUGGAUACCACAUUUCCAAAGGCUCAUUGCUACAGUCUGCGUCCCAAAUCGCUCACUACGAUGAAGCUGUAUGGGCAACAGAUAAGCAUGGGGCCACAGAAUUUUGGGCCGAACGCCACUUGGAAUUUGCGGCCGGUGUGGACGGUAAUGUCCCACGACCCCAGUUUUCGAUCAAAGCUCGGCCAACGUCGUUUUUUCCAUUUGGUGGAGGCUACGCCCUAUGCCCCGGGCGGCAUUUUGCGAAGCGGGAGAUCAUGAUGGCAGUCGCCAUUAUUGUUGCCAAAUUCGACAUCGAGUUCAUGGGAUGGGUCCAAUCUGAUGGGUCUCGAUCUGACCGCCCCGCUUUCAAUGACCAGAAAUAUGCCGGAGCUGCGGCUGUACCCCCGGAUAGAGACAUGAAGAUCCGCUGGAGACGGGCAUGGUAAAAUCUUACAUAAAAGUGCGUUGUUGGCGUCUUUGGCACUAUGACUUCACUUAACAUUCUGUCAACCUAAACUACAUACUCGGUUACUAUUAGCUCAGAAAAUGAACGACAUACGAAACCGUGCUUCCUCAUCCGUCAGAUCAGACGAAAAGGGGAACAAGCUCUCUUACCAAUAUGGCGGCGUCCAUCAAAGCCUUUGGGUGGACAGACUGCCUCGUUCUUGGGUUCCAUACGUGCAACUCGCUCGUCUUAGCCCACCCGCUGGCCUUGUCUUAAUAUACUUUCCACACCUCUUCGGUAUAUUGCACGCAGCAAUCACGUACCAGUCACCAGUCACCCAAGUCCUGCCAAUCUGUGUUUUACUCCUAGGCGGCUCCCUCUUCUUCUCUAACGCUGCCCACGCAUGGAACGACCUUAUAGAUAGGCCUAUAGAUGCUUGUGUCGCUCGGACGAAGAAUCGGCCCAUUGCUAGGGGCACGAUAUCACCAAAGGCAGCAUUUAUCUUCAUUAUUACUCAGGCUCUCAUCGCCGCCUCGUUCUUACUGUUCCUUAC